AUGUGUUUCGCAAGUAGCAUAGUGGAAUCCCAUAAAAAGCUAUUUUUAGCGCCAACCUCUGAGUCUACUGACAACACUACGAACAGUAACGCUUGUGGCGCGGAUAAAAAGUCUGCUACAAGGCACAACAAAAUGUUGCGAAGCAAAUCUCGGUUGCAGGCGGACGUUUGUGGCGAUUGCGGUGCUUCUGAUCCAUCAUGGGCAUCGAUAAAUCGUGGCAUACUACUGUGCUCCGAUUGCUGUUCUGUACAUCGUAGCCUGGGACGUCAUAUAUCUAUUGUGAAGUCCUUGCGGCAAGGCAUUUGGGAACCAUCAGUUUUAAAUUUUGUCAAUUCACUGAACACUCGUGCCAAUAGCGUUUGGGAACAUCAUUUGCUUGAUGGACAAACAAAUACUAGUACUAAGGGUGCAACACGUUUGCGUAAGCCAAGCCCUAAAGACGCAUUAGAUCCCACCAAAACGGAAUUUAUAAAAGCAAAGCAUAUAAAUUUGAGUUUUGUUCUCAAGCCCAAUUAUCAAGACGAAGACAACGUGUGCAGUAACGGAGUGAAUCUUGGUCAAGAGCUAAGUAAACAACUGCAUGCCAGUGUACGUACUAGCAAUUUGGAAACGUCAUUGCGUUUAUUAGUGCAGGGUGCGGAUCCCAAUUUCUAUCACGAAGAAAAAUGCUCAACACCAUUACAUGUAGCAGCCAAGUUCGGACAAGCAUCACAAAUUGAAUUACUGCUCGUAUACGGCGCAGACAUCAAUGCAAUAGAUGGCAAUGGCUUAGCGCCGUUAGAGGUCGCAAAAGCUAAUAAUCAUAGUACAAUAGCGGAGCGUUUAUUGGAUGCCAUGUACGAUGUAACAGAUCGUAUAAUUAUGUUUCUGGGAGGGAAAAAACCAGAUCAUGCGUCUGGUCGGCAUCUCGUUAUACCGGAGUUAAGCAAUGCAGAUAUAAGUGAGCAGUUAAAGAUCGCCAGGGGAAAAUUACAACUAGUGCCAAAUAAGAUGUUUGAAGAAUUAGUAAUGGAUUUGUACGAUGAAGUAGAUCGACGUGAGAAUGAAGCAAUUUGGGCGACAUCAACAAUGAAUGCAGAAAAUGCUGCUGUGCCAUUUUUACCAGCCAAUCCAUUUCUGAGUGCAACGCGCAAUCAAGGCCGUCAGAAAUUAGCACGAUUUAGUCGUUCUGAAUUUGCUGGACUACUAACGGAUGUGUUAGUCGAUGCGCGUCGGCGUCAAAAUAUGGCAAAUCUUCGACCUUUAGAGGCAAACACAAGUGUAUGUUAUGCUCCACAAACGACAACAGCAUUCAAUACCAGUGAACAUGAUCCUAACUUGUCGGAUGAUGAGCCAAUUUACGACCCAGUUGCAAGUGAUGAUGAUUAUGCAGCGGUUCCACCAAUCGCGCAUCAGUCAUCACCGAAUACGUCACAAGAAUCACAAGUAGAAAUGGAAACAUUACGGAAACAAAUUAAUAAAUAUGUUACCGAAAUAAAUCAAUUAAAGACUGAAGUACAAAAGCUUUCAACUGAAAAUUCACAUUUAAAGUCCAAAUUUUCCAAUGUGCCGCAAAAUGCAACAAGUGUUUACGAUGAACCACUACGCAUUGAUUUAAAUGGUAGUGAAAAUGAGCACCCCGAACCGCACUCGUUGCCGCUUGAAAACAGUAGUGUAGUUGGUUCAAAUUCAUCUUCUUCAUCCUCGGCAACGAGUUCCAAUCAGUCGACCAUUAAACGACCUGCUAGCAUGUAUGAGAGGCGACUUACAAACGCAACCGGUAAAGCUGGUGAGGUCUGUCGCACUACAACGAGCAUGUAUCAAAUGCAGGCAGAUAAAUCACAGACUAAUUUCGCUGAUGAGGUUAAACGUCGCACCGAUUUAGUCGCACGUUGUCUAAAAGAAUUGAUUGUUACCAUGCGAGAUGCAUCAAAUAAAGAAGCGAUUGUACCUUGCGCAGAACGUAUACAUGCUGCUGUCAUGGAACUCAUGGCCAUCUUUACAACAACUACCAAUUGCAGUGCGACUGUAAAUGAAACCUUGAAGAGCUUAACGCAUUACAAUGUGCUUCUCCAGCGUGAAUGUGAGAACCUUCAGAAAUCUUUUGAUUCGGAGGAUAAAACUGCUGCGGAAAAGUGUGGCAAAGAAGUACGUGAAUGUGCGUAUUUUAUUGCCAAAGCAGUCAAAACAUUGGUGGUGUAUCAUGAAUAGAAAGCAAGGAACUUUUGUUUUUAUAUACAGUUUUGUUAUUUCACACAAAGAUACUACUAACAAAUUCCCAUUAAUGACUAAAAGUUUACCAAAAAAUGAGCAAAUAUUGUAUUGAAACCUACAAUACAUAGGAUAGGUUGUAAUAUUACGCAUUUGCUUAAGCAAUUUUAAAAUGUUGGCCUAACUGUUCUUCCAGUUUCAAUUAAAAUUUACUUUUAACCUUAACAUAACGAGUAUUCAUAUAUGUAUGUAUUCGUAAUAUUAAUACAAAAUAUUAUUGAGAUUAAUAUAUAACGCGCACUAUUUAAUAUUGAUGUUUACGAUUUAUAAAAUGAAGCAAAUAAAUAU